CUCUCUUCUCCUUUAGGGUUCUUCGUUUUUCUCUUUCUUCUUCACAGAACCAAAAAAAAUCAAACCUUUGUUCUUGGGUUUAAGUAAAAAUCGAAUCUUGUGUCGGUUUUUAGGGUUCUUGAAACGAUGGGUAAGUGUGGUGGGAGAAAUGGUAACGGAAGCUUUAACGGCGGUGGCUUUCACGGUCACGGUGGCGGUAGAGUUAGGCCUUACGUACGGUCUCCGGUUCCACGGCUUAGAUGGACGCCGGAUCUUCACCGUUGUUUCGUUCACGCCGUCGAGAUUCUCGGUGGUCAACACCGAGCAACACCAAAACUUGUUCUUAAGAUGAUGGAUGUGAAGGGACUCACCAUUUCACAUGUCAAAAGCCAUCUUCAGAUGUAUAGAGGAUCAAAGCUCACUUUGGGGAAACCAGGAGGAGGAAGAAGAAAAGAGCAGACUUCAGAGUCUGGUUAUGAUGAUGAUGAUGACUUUCUUCACAUCAUGAACAUGAAGAAGACGAAAGAUACGACGACGUUUCUAUCACAUCAUUUCCCCAAGGGAACAGAGGAGUGGCGGGAACAAGAACACGAAGAAGAUUUGUCGUUGUCUCUGUCAUUGAAUCAUCAUCAUUGGAGAAGCAAUGGAUCAUCGGUGAGCGAAACGAGUGAAGCAGCAGUCUCAACAUGUUCAGCACCAUUCGUCUCCAAAGAUUGCUUUGGUUCUUCAAAGAUUGAUCUUAAUCUUAACCUCUCCAUUUCUCUCCUCGGUAGCUAAAUAAGUAAGCCAAAUCUUUGUUCUUAGAUUAGGUUCAGUGAAACAAUAUUCGGAUGUGUUUUUGAAACUAGGAUUUAUGUUUUCCGAGGAUUCAAAGUUAGUAGAAAUCUUGAAAAUAAAGUUUAGAUCAAUAU